AUGUCGAAUUUAUCAAAGCUUGAGUUCGUGGCACUUGACAUUUCUGGAAAUAAUUACUUGUCAUGGGUACUCGACGUUGAAAUUCACCUUGACGCUAAAGGUCUUGGUGCUACUAUUACCAAUGGUAAUACGACGCCGAGUCAGGACAAAGCAAAGGCAAUGAUUUUCCUUCGUCAUCAUCUGAAUGAAGGAUUGAAGGUGGAAUACCUUACGGUGAAAGAUCCACUUGAAUUGUGGACUGGUUUGAAGGAAAGGUAUGACCACCUUAAGGUAACGGUAUUGCCAAUGGCUCGUUAUGAAUGGAUUCACUUACGAUUACAAGAUUUUAAAACUAUAUGUGAAUAUAAUUCUAUUGUAUACAAAAUUACUUCCCAAUUGAAAUUAUAUGGGGAAGAUAUAAAAGAUGAGGAUGUGUUGGAAAAGACUCUCACAAGUUUUCAUGCCUCAAAUUUGGUAUUACAACAACAAUAUCGUGAAAGGGGAUUCAAAAAGUAUUCUGAGUUGAUCUCAUGCCUUCUUGUGGUUGAGCAACAUAAUACUCUUUUAUUGAAAAACCAUAAGGCCCGUCCCACGGGAACUGCUCCGUUACCGAAAGCAAAUGAGGUUGAAGCACAUGGCCAGUCGAGAGAAGACAAAAUAAAAAUCAGGGCCAAAAUAAUAUGUGAGGACGUGGCAAUGGCAUGGGACGAUAUAAUAAUCGUCGUGGUGAUGGUCGCCACAAAAGGGAGAACAAUAUGGGUUCUCAAAGCAAUCCUUCAAGCGGCAAUUGUCAUCGUUGUGGCAUGA